UCCACACCCACACGCCGGUGACUCAUAAAGCCCGCUGAUCGUCCAUAAGCUCCUUCAUCUGAAGGAUCUUCCGCCUGCUCCAGCUGUCUCCCACCACAUCCUUUGAAACCUACUUGUUACCAUGGCAGCGUUGGGCAACCAAGGAACUGUGACAGAAGCAGCAGGCUUCAACCCUGAGGAUGAUUCCAAGCGCCUCAGGGAGGCCAUGAAGGGAGCAGGUACCAAUGAGGCCACCAUUAUUGAGAUCCUGGCACACCGCACCAUAGCCCAGAGGCAGAGCAUCAAGGAGGCCUUUAAACGAUCAGUGGGGAAGGACCUGCCAGAUGAGCUGCGCUCAGAGCUGACUGGAAACUUUGAGAAGGUGGUGCUGGGCUUGCUGAUGCCUGCACCUGUGUAUGAUGCCUAUGAGCUAAGGAACGCCAUAAAGGGUGCUGGCACAGAUGAGGCCUGCCUGAUCGAGAUUCUCGCCUCUAGAACCAACGAUGAGAUUAGGGCUCUGAGGACCUGUUACAAGACAGAAUAUGACCGCGAUCUGGAGGAGGACAUUUGUGGCGACACAUCUGGAAUGUUCUGUAGGGUCCUGGUGUCUCUACUCACAGCUGGCCGUGACGAGAGCACUACAGUCAAUGAGGUGCAAGCGGUGCAGGAUGCCAAGGAACUCUACGAGGCUGGGGAAGCACGGUGGGGCACGGACGAGGUCAAGUUCCUGACUGUGCUCUGCGUGAGGAACAGAAACCACCUGCUGCAAGUGUUUGAGGAAUACCGUAAGAUCUCUGGCAGGGACAUUGAAGACAGUAUAAAGAGGGAGAUGUCCGGCUGUCUGGAGGAUGUCUUACUAGCCAUCGUGAGGUGUAUGAAGAGCAAGACGGGGUUCUUUGCAGAGCGCCUAUAUAAAUCCAUGAAGGGUCUCGGUACUACAGACAGCAUCCUGAUCCGGGUCAUGGUAUCUCGUGCUGAGAUUGACAUGGUGGACAUCAAGGCAGAGUUCCUCAAGAUGUAUGGCAAGACGCUCUACUCUUUCAUCAAGGGUGACACUUCAGGCGACUACAGGAAAAUCCUGCUGGAGCUCUGUGGGGGAGAAAAGUAAGGCAGCUUGUAACUCUGACAUCAUUGACAAGUGCCAGCACUUCUAGUCCCCAUUUCUGGUGCUUUUUCAAAUCUGGUGAUUUUUGUUUGUCAUAAGGAU